AUGUUAGAGUUAUAUGCUUUCAUCACUACUAUUGAACUCACUGACAAUGAGGACUACUAUCAAUGGGAGCUCGAUGGUAAAGUUUCAAAGGUUUUCAAGACGGGCGACGUGUACUCUUACUUAAGAGGCGAUCUACAAACGAUGAGCUGGGCAAAGGUGAUCUGGUUUCCUCAUGCAAUCCCGAGGCACUCGUUCAACGCUUGGAUCAUGAACCUCAAUCGUUCCCCAACAAGAGAUAGACUACUGAGUUGGGGGCUACAGGUUGAUUCUUCCUGUCUUCUCUGUAAUUCAAACAAUGAAACAAGGGAUCAUCUUUACUUUGACUGUACAUUCAGUUUCGAUCUUUGGAGUCAACUAGCAAGAAGAUGUCGGAUCAGGCCUUACCGCUCCUGGAAUCAAACGAUCGCUCAACUGGAAAACCUCCAGUCACCCAAAUCGACUCGUCUCCUCACUCUUCUGGUUUGGCAAGCCGCCCUCUACUGGCUCUGGAACGAACGGAACGCACGUCUUCACUCAGGCGUUUUCCGUUCGGUUGACGUCAUUCUUACCCUCAUCGACCGUCAGGUUCGUAACAAGAUUCAAAGCUUCCGUGAGACAAGCCCUUCCCUCGCGUCGAGGAUGUUGCAAAGAUGGUUCGAGACCCCAUAA